UAGCUAGUGGCAGUAAAGCAAACGAGAAGCGGUAUAAAUGUGAAGUAUGCGGUAAGCAAUUCGGAUAUUUAGGCACUCUGAAGCGUCAUAAGGUGAUACAUACUGGUGAAAAAAAUUACAUAUGUAAGGUGUGCAACAAGGCGUUCCAAAGGUCCGAAAAUCUGAAGAGCCACCAAUUGAUGCAUGGAAGCGUGCGACCAUUCGAAUGUUACCUGUGCAAUGAAACAUUCAAACGGUCCGACGGACUGAGGAUGCACCAAGUGACGCACGGAAACGAACGACCAUUCGAAUGUUACGUAUGCAAUAAAACAUUCAAACGGCCCGAUGGACUGAGGGUACACCAAGUGACGCACGGAAAGGAACGACCAUUCAAAUGUGAAGUAUGCGAUAAAACAUUCAAUCAGAAUUCAAAUUUGAAGAAGCACCAAGUGACGACACACGGAAGCAAACAACUACUCGAAUUUGACGUGUACAAUAAAACAUUCGAAACGCCUGGCAGUCUGAAGAGACACCAAUCGACGCACGAAAACGAACGACCAUUCAAAUGUGAAAUAUGUGGCAGGAAUUUCACUCAGAAAGGUGAUUUGAAUAGACACAUGAAAGUACAUAAAAGUUCGGAUGAAAAGCUAUAUUCUACAUUCGCUAGACCGUUGGAAAGUCUUAUUGCACACGUGACAUUCGAAUGGUCGUUCGUUUCCAUGCAUCAAUUGCUGGCUCUUCAUAUUGUCGCAUCUUUUCAACGCUUUAUUGAAUACCGUACAUAUACUGAGAAGCAAGAUCAUAUUCAUAUACCGUUAUUUGCGCGACGUACAACGGCAAAACAAGCAUUACGAAAUAGCAUGACAGGUGAAUUUGCCGUCAUCGAACAGAAAGUGGUGGAACAAUUGAAGAAUGGUAAUGAAGUCUUGAAACGAAUGAAUCAGAUGAUUUCAGUUGAUGAUAUCGAGCGAAUUAUGGAUGAGACAAAGGAGGCAGCUGAGUUUCAGGAAGAAAUAUCAAACAUGCUCUGUGGUAAACUUGGUGAAGAUGAUUUGGAAGAAGUAGAAAAGGAAUUUGCACAAUUAAUAGGAGAGAAAGGCGAGCUUAAUUUGCCGGAAGUCCCAUCGGUGCCGUUGCCUAUGAAGACACCUGUGAAAAUAAAAGAGAGACGUGAGAGAGUAGCAUUGGAAGCAUCGUAA